UCACCGUGAUCCGCAACGGAACUUAUCGUCGUAAUUUCACGCGUCGCUUUCCAGGCUGAUUGCUCGCUCUCGCGCGUGUAAACGAGCGCGCGCGCUCGUACCUUCCUAAUAAUAAUCCGCCGAUCGACGAUAGUUUCGCAAUGCUUGUUCGCGCGGCAUGGCGCACAUACAUGCAGUACUCUCGACUCUCUUUUCACACUGAAUCAUAGAAAGUGUAGCAACCGCCACGUGUGACUCACGCCGCCAUCGCGCCGAUCGCAUCCGCGACCAUGGUGGAAUUGCGCGCCGACGAUAGGCUCCAUCGCCGCGAUUCCCACGUGCCUACGCGAGUGCCAGUGCCAAUGUCAGUGCCACGACGGAGCAGCCGGGAGCCAAGACAUUGCGUUGGGAAGCCAGGACACAGGACGCUGGGAUGCGAGCAGCGAUACAUCAUACAUUCCCAAGCUACGUUACGCGACGCGUAAGAUCGACCGCACGAUCGUUGAUACUUGCAGCUAAAAGAGGGAGGCCUCUGAACGCAUGCGCGGCGAUCUUUAGUAGGUCGUUCGGUUCCUCCGAGGCUGCUCAUCUCGCGACCUGCUGUAUCACGUACAGUCGCGAAAGGCGAAACGUGCAUCGCGAUCGCGUCUCUUGAUCAACUGCGACCGUUCGCCCACAGAAACCCGACCGAAUACCGUAAUCUGGACGUGUUUACGGCAACGCGUCGUCGUCGUCGUCGCAGUUACACGUCAACGACGGCGCUGGAGAGACCUGAAGAGCAAGCGGUCUCGCAUUUUCACUUCCAUUCCUGUGGCUAGUUUGUCAUGCGGUCGUGAUCCGUCGCGAGGAUUCCCGCGUGGAAGUUCGCGUCGACCACGUGUCCGGCCGCGCCGAUUCCGCGAGAUUCGCGAGUGCGCGAGCAGUGCCGUGCACGGGAAACGACGCGACGCCGUUCAGCUCGCCGGGAAGAAUCGCGGCGCGCGCGGUCGGGCGAGCGCGCGCAUGCGUGAGUUUGUAGGUCGCGCACGCUCGGGCCGCCUCGGCGGCGCUCGGGCGUUGCCGGCCGCGUUCGCGGCGAUUCGAACGCGCCCACCGACUCCCGCCACUCGCUCGGCGCGGCGGUCAGUCGGUCGAUCGUACGCGACAUACGAGGAUCGUGAGGAACUCGCGGGAAUUCGCGAGAGGUCGCGCACGCGUUGAGGACGGAGAGAGGACGAGGGAUCGUGAAGGAGCAGCUGGUUAAAGGACUGGCGACGAAAGCAGGAGCAAAUAGGAUUCUCUGAAUUUGUCGUCGUCGUCGUCGUCGGCUAUCGCGGGAAGACGUGUCGAUCUCUCCUCUCGAGCGAGAGCGCCGAGGGAUCGAUCCACGCGCGCGAACACGGCAGCUGUCAAAAGUGUGGAGCCGCGGACGAAGGGGCACGAGACAUGGUGUACGGAGGAGGAUUCGACAUGGUGGAAACGAUGCCGCAGACGGUGCCGACCGCGGCCGGCUACUCGCCGUCGUUCGACUACAGCACUUUUCAAUUCGACCUGUCGCUCUUGCCGGACGAUUACAGCCCGAGCGGCCAAAUCGGCCUGAAGACCUCGCAGAUCAAGCAGGAGGCGCGCUCGCCUCGUCCAGGAUCGCCUACGAUCUACCAGAGUCCGCCGUAUCAUCAGAACAACGGCGAGCUGCCGUUGUCGCCUAACUAUUCGCGCGAGAGAUCCUCGCCGGGGUACCCGACGAGUCCCUACUACGUGCCCAGAAGCCCCCAGAGCGCCCAGUUUUACCCCACCAGCCCGGAACCGUCAGCCAAGCAGCCGGUCAAGAGGGAGAAGAGUCUCGACCUCCUGGCCAUCCUUCAGGAAUCCAGACUCUUAGCUGAGAGCCUGGGCUACCGUGAGGACUCGACCGACUGCACGGUACCCUGCACUCCGCCGCGGAGCGAAGAAGACAUCUACAACAGCCUGGACGCGGACUUCUUGCCGAAGAAAGAGGAAAUCGGUGUGCAGAGUCAUCCGUUGCUCAAGGAGAUUCUCUUCAAGGAGGAACCGCGAUCGGUUUCCAACAGCAGCGACUCGUCCCCGUGUCUGUCCUCCUCGUCGUCGCCCGGUCCGAGCGAGUACGAGGGCAGCUCGGCGCUGCGCGAGCUUCUCUUCAAGGGUGUGCGCAAGGAAACAGCGGACGCGAUCCCCAAGAUAAGCCAACCGAAGGUGGAACGCUCACAAGAGGAACUGGCGAAUCCUCUGCGAAAGGAAGAGGAGCUCUUCAAGGACGGUCAGAAGAGCGAUCAUCAGCUGCUGCGCGAAGUGUUGCGCGACACCAGCUUCCAGAGGAAGUACAACCUGAGACCGGUGGAUCUCGGCGGUGUCGGCACCGGCUACGUUGAGGACAUGGAGGCCGGCGAGUGCGUCGGCGACCUCGCCCGGGAGCAGCUCGAGCCGGUUCUCAGCCUGGCAAUUCAGCAGCUGCAGAAGGAUUUCGACAACACCUGUGUGGCGCUCGGCAUUCAUCCAGAACCGAGACGCUGGAGCGCGGCGGAUGUUGCGGCCUGGGUGCAGUGGGCCAGGCGGCAAUUGCAGUUGCCCUCCGUGCCGCUGGAGAGCUUCAACGUGGACGGCGCGACGCUGGCCUCCCUCUCCGAGGAGGAAUUCUGCCAGAGAGCCCCUCAGUGCGGAAGCAUGUUGCACGCGCAACUGGAGAUCUGGAAAGCCGCAGUUGAGGAGUCGCCGCGGAACACAUUGGCCGCUUCUUGGAGCCCAGCCGGGGUGGUCCAGCCACCGAACAGCGCCGUGACCCCGCCGACUGUCAGCAACACAUCAACCGCCAGCGUCAAGGGGUCUCCUUGCACCAUCGAUUUCUCAGACGCAGACGAAGAUGAGGAAUGCGCUUCCGGCCAAAGCGGCAACAGCAACGGUGCCAGUGGCGGCGGAGGCGGCAAGAUGCGCAACGGCGGCAGUUACAUUCAUCUGUGGCAGUUCCUGAAGGAGUUGCUGCAGAGCCCGGGCGUACACGGCUCCUGCAUACGCUGGUUGGACCGCGGCAAGGGCGUCUUCAAGAUCGAGGACUCGGUGCGCGUGGCACGGCUCUGGGGCAAGCGGAAGAAUCGGCCUGCCAUGAACUACGACAAACUCAGCCGCAGCAUUCGUCAGUACUACAAGAAGGGCAUCAUGAAGAAAACGGAACGCAGCCAGAGACUGGUCUACCAGUUCUGUCAUCCUUACUGCCUGUAAGGAGCCUCCGUCUUUCUUUCUCUCUCUUUUCUCUCCUUCUUUCUUUCUCUCUCUUUUCUCUCCUUCUUUCUUUCUCUCUCUUCUCCUUCCUUUCUGGAAAAGUUUCUCUUCGUCUCUCACUUUCUUUCUUCCCAAGUGCAAUAUUCGCGCGUGUACGCGCUCGUGUGCGUCCGCGGUUCGGAGCGGAGUGAAGAUCCCAGCACGGAUAUUGAAAGGUAAAAACGACGAUGAUCCGCCAUGCUCGAUAUUAUCCCGCGAUGAUAACGCCGAGCCACGGCCGGGUCCGCUUAGUACGCCCGUUUUGGGCGAUCAUUUUCACCUCCUUGUCUCUUGAUCCUUAUCUUCUUCUUUUUUCUCUCUCCCUUUCUCACUCUCGUUGUCUCUCACUUCUGCUCCUCCCUCCCUUCAGUGUCUUGGAGUCCUUUUCGGCGAUGCAAGAUGAACGCGCGACACCCUUCCUCACCACUUCGGUAAGUAGACGCGGUCAGCAGACUCGCGGGUCGUCGCUUCAUCGCGGACGCGAAGUGAGGACGCGAGUAGGUGGAGAUUCGCCAGAGAAAAGGGAAGAAAUGACUCUUUCCUCUCUAUUCUCACGAUUGCUUGCCGGCAUCAGUCGUCGGGAUCCUCGAGCUGCGUCGCGUCGCGACGCGCGACACAUCGACCGGGUGUACUUGAGCGCGCGGAACCAUUCGCUGCUGCUUGGUACGUACCGGUGCCGUCUCGUUGCCGUCUCUUUCUCGACGGGAGGCGCGGAGCGUGCUCGGAGAAACCGUCUAUUUUUUAUACGAGACCCUUUUACACAUCGCGCGCGCGCGCGCGCGACAGAAGAAAGCAAACCGUCCUCCUCCCGUUGCUCACGCGAAUUGUUCGCAUCGAACACGCGAGGUCGCGAAGAAGGUACAAUCAUGUCGAAUUAGUGCCGUGUCAAUUGCGCCGUGUUGCGAUUGUCGCGCGCGAAGCAGAGAUAUGGCUCGUGUCGCGGCGAGGAAGAAUAAUGCUCGCCUGUUCAGAUCGAGUCCCGGAGAUGAUUGCAGACCAACGUUCUCCGAGCGGCCGCGUCUUCGCGGUUUCGUAACUUUCGAUGAGGCUCCCGCGCGCCGAACACACGGAGAAGCUCGCGAAGACAUUCUUGCCGGCGCGCACGGAGGUGUUUGUUAAGCUGUCGAGUGUGCCUUAUAGAACAGCCGUGGGCAUCGCGAUGAAGGACGCAAUCGCGGCGCGUUAAGGCCGCGCGAAGCGGCCCCCGGAUGCGACGCGCGCCGUCGAAUCUCGCUCGUCCCCGCGAAGCCGAUCGGAGCCCCGAAGAGCUCGAGAUCGCCGUCGCGAUCUUGAGGCCUCUCGCAAUGUCGGGAAGAUCAGCACACGGCGAUCGUGUUGUAAUGCUCGAGGCGUCACGGACGCGCGACUGGUGCUGGUGAUUUUGGUCCCAUAUAUCUAUGAUAUAUUAAACGCUGUAUGUUCCAUGAACGAUUAGGCUUUAAGGUUGACUUUAGCUACGUAAGCUGUAUCAAGGGGCUCACGUGAGCCCCACGUUAGGUUAAGUUUUACUACAAAGAGAUUCCCUCGCCUUUUCAUACACGGAGGAAAUAUAACGUGAUAAAAAUCACGUUAACAAAAUUCCACUUCUUUUUACGAUGUUCUUUUGUAAAGCUACGCUGUACAGAAAUCGUAAAUUACUACAAAAAUAGCAAGUUUGAUGUACAAUUCUACUCAGAUGUAAGAAAACAUUCAAGUAAUUGCAAGAAUUUACGGUAAAACAUCAAACGUGCAUAAUAUUUUUAAACAGUCACAUAGUAAUUUCGGUCAUAAUUCUGUAUGGUUCAAGGUGACAACAAUUUUGUUGUCUUUUUACCGUAACAUUUUCUCCGUGCACGUUUUCCGCUUUAGAAAGAAGCGUGACCACCGACGCGUCGGUCGCGUCGAUCUUUCUCGCAUUCUUUCUCGUAUGAUUUUGAGCUUUUUCUUCCCUGCGCGUUAUCAUAUAAUUCUUUCGUACCGUUACAGUUUCUCUCUCGUUCGAUAAAUUUCGUUUCAAGUUGAUGAGAAAACUCAGAGCUGAGUUUCUCGAUCUUCUUCUUCGCUUGUCGUUAUGACUUCUUCUUUCUCCAUCUUUUGGUGCUUCGCGAUAUUUCUCUCUCUCCGUGUUGAAUUUCCCGUCGCUGCUUUUUGAAUAUUUUAGUAAUCUCGUUAUCGCGUCUCUCCGCGUAUCUCAUUACAACGAAUACAUGUACCAAUUAACACCGCGCGAUGAGUUCGACGUAGUUUAACGUUAAGGACUCGUGUACUAACGUGUUCACGUUCGCUCACCGAUCGGUUGUACAUAUAGAUAUGCGCAUUUGCGGCAUGAUCAUUUUAUACAUAGAUGCGUGUAUGUGUAUUUUCGUUAUAUUUAUUUGAGUCUAACUUAGUUGUGACGCGGCGUGAGAGCGCGAUCUCGCCGUCUCGACACCUCGGCAACUAUCUGGCGCGAUAUCUGUGAGAUUUGAAACGAAGGAGGAUACUAAAGGCUCGGACGGUGAAGGCCAGAUUUCGCUCGCUCGUGUAAGAUUCAACGUUUGGCCGCGCGUCACAGAAACGGCUCAGCCAUUUUCGGCCGCGCGCGUGUCAGUGCAAUUCGUUGAGCGCACGAUGCACUCGAAAUCCCCGCGCGGAACUCAAAGCCAAAGAACGUGGCGACGAGCGAGCGAGCGAGCGAGCCAGCCGCCGCCAGAUAGUUUCGUCGAGGAAAUAGAUUCACUCGCGUAAUUAGAUCGUAAAGCGCGCUUCUACGGCCGCUGCAUUUCUACGACACGUGCAUUAUUUUUUAUGCGGCCUGGCGUGGAACGCUCGUCAAAUUGGAAGUAGACCGAGGCGCGGGAUCUCGGUAAAUUCUCUCUCCUUCCUUCCUUUUUCCUUGCCACGUAAAGCGGAUGCCAAGUUUCGCAAAAGUGAUAGCAAUCGACGUGCAGCAACAAUUUGCACCGAUUCGUCUAGUAAAACACUCUACCUCGAGUUUCACAGUUUCCACACGGAGAAAAAAGAUGAUCAGUUCGUGUAACUGAAUGGGGAGCGAAUGAAAAACUCGCAGACGGGAAAUGAUGUUUCUGUUGCCGUGACCGAGAACAUUCGUCUGAACAUUCAAUUCCGUUAAAACUCGACUGAGAGCAAUUGGCCGAGUGGAAACUCCUGCAGGAAUCUUUCUGCUCUUAUAGUCGAGUUUUCAUCUAGUUCCUAAGUAAUAAAUAAAUUAGCUACACUGACGGAGUUUUUCCCAUGUAAUACUUGGUACUUGGUAAUCGUUAAUUGGUAAUUCGUUAUGUUAAAAAAAGAUAUCUAUGUAUCUAUAUAUUUGAUUUAUCUACUCUUAUUUCAUUUUUUACCGUUCAAUGAUGACAAUAAUAUCAGCUAUCAAGAUGUUGUCGCGCCUUUUGGUCUCCCAACUCAACUAACUUUUGCAUUACUCAUCCUUUGUACAUAAUUUGUGCGUGCGAAGCAACCAAUGGAAUAUUACACUGAAAAAAAUACUUAAACAUUUAUUUGUGGAAUAUAAAAUUUAUUUUCACAGAAAUAAACUUUAUUCCGCAGAAAUAAACUUUAUUCCUCAGAAAUAAACUUUAUUUCACAGAGAUAAACUUAAAUCCAAAUAAAUUUUCAACUAUUUCUUCUCAUUGUGUGUUGUCAUAAUUAUUUAUUUAAUUUGAUCAAAUUUUUCAAUUUUGAUUAAAUUAUAUUAAUAUUAUUACAUUUAUAUUUCGCUUGGUAUAACCACAAUUGUGAAUAUGCACAAUUUGUCUUCUCACGAAGCCACGGUUAACUCGCAGUGGAAAAAAAUCUGCACACCAAGGGAAUAACAAUCCGCAAUCUGUUUCACGCCAGGCUCCACCGCGUUCUGUAAGUUUAACGGUUCUUCAAUUUUUCGCGAUAAAGAGUUGGCGCAGCCCGGGGAGGUGGGAUGUGGUUGAUCGCAGCCAGUCGGUGGCUGCAAUCAAACGAGGGAAAAGAAGACGAAGAGCGCGGCUCGUCGACGCGGACGAAACGUCGACAAGCACGAAUUAAUUUCGCCGAGUAAGCGGGGAGUGGUAAUAGCAAUCGGAAAAAAAGAGAAACCACGCGGAUACCGAGUAGACAAUAGCUCGCGACUGCGGUCGCGCUGCGCACAAUGUCGAGGAAGCGGCCGAUUGUUAUUGAUUACACGUUAUUAAUUGUUAAGAGGUCGCGGAAAAUUAUGCCAUAGUUGUGCAAAAAUGGAUCCAGCCCACAUAAAGUGCGUUUCGAGAGAAGCGAAGAUGAAAGUCUGAUACACGAUUUCGACAGUACAGAUGUAGCAUCGUUCGAGGAGCCAAACAUGGUCAGUUGUCUUCUCUAUAAGGGUAUUCAUUGACCCUUAAAAAAUAAGUAGAAAGUGGUGCGAGUAGGAAGUAAAAGCUGGUUUUUAACUAAUUUUGCACCCACAGAGAUUUUUUGUUGGUCUUUUUUCGUUCUACGUAGGAAGACAUACGGGCCAUUGGUGAGACCAUUGCUGAGACAGAAAUUCCUAAAUCAUAAUUUUGUGGGUCGAGUCAUUCCUGCAUAACUACGGUCCAUUGUGAUUAACGAGACGAUAUUAAUUGUGACGAAAGGGGGGAGAUAUCGCACGCGCGCGUCGAACGGACCCUCGCUCGGCCGCGGGGCUGAGAAAAAUCGCGCUUCCAUUUGCGCUCGGUGGUCCACGGCGAUCAUGCGAGCGCGACGUCGACGCGCGCGUGUGCGCGCAAAAUUGUACAUACUUUCGCGGGCAGACGACUGACGCGAGUCGUCAUAUAUAUACAUAUGUCUAUAUAAGGCGUUGCUGGUUUUAUAUGAGCAGAUAUAUUUAAUUAGGACUAAGCGUUGAUUUCCUACACUCGAUUAACCGGUCUUGCGUCAAAGCAAGACGCACAUUGUUACGCAUAUAUUAUAUAUAUAUAUAUUAUCUAUUUAUAUACACUCGCGUGUUUCGACUGUUCUAAUGAGAUUAAGGUGGGUAUGGCGUAUCACGAGAUAAUAAUCGUAGUCGAGGCUGCUCUCAGACGCGAGCGCGUCGCGUUGUGUGAAAUCGCGCGGAGCACGACUGUUGAGAGAAUCCGGCACGGCGCUCGAGAGGAUAGAUUAAUUAGUCUAUCUUUCUUUCUUUCUCUCUCUCUCUCUCUCUCUCCUCUUUAACACACCGUGGUGACUCAACCGUGGUACGGUUAAACCUAAGCUGCCUAAGAUUAAUUGGACUUAGUCGGCCGCGAUCGAGACAUUCGAUGCGCGUGUCGCGCGCGGACUGAGACGAGCCUUGACGAGAGCAAUAAUGAUAUAAUAUUAAUGAUAAUAUAUAUGUAUACACACGCGCAUAUACAUACACAUACAUAGAUAGAUAGAUAGAUAGAUAUAUAUAUAUAUAUAUACAUAUAUAUAUAUUUUCUUACGUUGACAUUUCUCGCUCGCUCGACAUUCGGAGCGAGUUACUAACACGGAGCAAGUGACAAUAAAGAGAAAGAAAAGUUUCGUAAA